GAGACAGAAAGGGAGAGAUAGAGCAGCUGGAGCGCUUCACUAUGGACCAGCAAGGCUUCUGCGCUCUCUGACCGAUCGUCUUCACUCUCAUUUUGCUUGGACAACUCUCCAAACACACAGGUUAUGCCACCCCACAGGCCAACUGGAAAUCCAGCCGUGAAAGAGAAGGGCUGAUCCCGGACCCCCCUCCCCCCCGUGUUCCUGCAGCUGUGCCCCUCCCUGUCCCCAUGGCGACAGGAGGCCAUGCCCCCGAGACAGAUGUGUUGAUCAACCUGCAUCAGGUUUUGUCGGAAGAAGAGAAGGGCUCCACAGCAGGACAAGAAGAUGAGGAAUGGGAGAAGGCCUUGUCUGUGGAGAGGUUUGGGGACAUCAUCACUGAGUCUGCCAUCAAUGGAGCAGACAAAAUGGGCCGCAGCUACAAUGAGAAAGACUUUGAGUAUCACCGGCAUACGUUCCACCACACCCACCACCCCCUGUCCACCCACCUCCCCCCGCAGCGUUUCCGCAAGAGGGUGCUCAGUAUGGACCGCCGGCGAAAGAAAAAGAGGAAGAAAAAGAAGACGUCCAUGCCCCCAUCAGAUGUCACGCCCACUAUUCAUGAGGUGGAUGAGGAGGAGGCGGAGUCUGAGACUGAGGGACAGUGCCAAGCAGCCACACCUACUGAGCCAUCUGAAGAGCUGCCACAGCUCAGUUUGGGAAGUGAGGAGGAUCUGGCGGCCGAUCUCUCUCUUACCAGCUUCCAUAUGGAGAGCGAGAGACCCCCGAGCAGUGAGGAAACCCCACCCAGCCCCGCCGGAAUGGAGGAGCAGGAGGAAACACAAGAACGACCGGAUGGAGGACAGGAGGAAGAGGUUUCCAACAGGUUUAGCCCAUCUCCAGAACCUGCCAGUAUGACAACGCGAGGCUGGUUUCGCAGGAACCCCGUCCACCGGCUGGCUGGAGCUCAGCGGACCAGCUACGACCUACGAGAACGCAUCUGUAUAGGCAGCAUGACAGCCAUAGAGACUGCGGUUUACCAGAAAGUACCUACAGACGAGGCGGAGGCUCAGAUGCUAGCCAGCGCUGAUCUGGAUGACAUGAAAAGUCACCGUUUUGAGGACAAUCCUGGGGUUAGACGUCACCUCGUCAAGAAAUCAUCACGCUGUCAAGUACCACGAACCAGCAAUAGCUCACCUCCUCUGUCCAGCCUGAAGAGGAGGAAGAGGAUGGACAAGAAAACUCAUGAGGUGUUUGUGGAACUCAAUGAGCUGAUAGUGGAUAAGAACCAGGAGAUGCGCUGGAAAGAGACGGCACGUUGGAUCAAGUUUGAGGAAGACGUGGAGGAGGAGACUGAUCGCUGGGGUAAACCGCAUGUGGCCUCGCUGUCCUUCCGUAGCCUGCUGGAGCUCCGCAGGACCAUCACACAUGGUGCCAUAAUGCUAGAUCUGGAUCAAACCACACUCCCUGGCAUCGCCCACUUGCUGGUGGAAACCAUGAUAAUCUCGGACCAGAUCAGAGCCGAAGACCGAGCCAACGUGCUGCGAGCCCUGCUGCUCAAACACAGUCACCCCAAUGAUGAGAAAGAAGGCCUUUUCCAUCGGAACCACUCUGUCACCAGUCUGGGCGGCUUCCGUCACAACCACAAUCACGUUCACGACACCAGCCUGCCCCUGGUGUCCCAGGACCACGAGGAGAUGCACGACAGCAAAGCGGCAGAACAUGACAAAGAGAAAAACCUCCACCCUGUCCCAGCUGAGGGACAUGCUGCCGCCAGAUCUAUGAAACUCCUGGCAAAGAUUCCCAAGGAUGCCGAAGCCACUGUGGUCUUAGUGGGGUGUGUGGAGUUCUUAGAGAAGCCUGCAAUGGCCUUUGUCCGGCUCAACGAGGCUGUGCUGCUGGAGUCCGUUCUGGAAGUCCCUGUCCCCGUGCGGUUCAUCUUUGUGCUGCUGGGCCCCACACAGACCAACAUGGACUAUCAUGAGAUUGGACGCUCCUUCUCCACCCUCAUGUCCGAUAAGAACUUCCAUGAGGUAGCAUACUUUGCUGAUGAUCGACAAGACCUGCUUAAUGGCAUCAACGAGUUCUUAGACUGCAGUAUUGUAAUUCCACCAUCAGACGUUGAGGGAAAAGACCUGCUGAAGACCGUGGCCUCCUUCCAGAAACAGAUGCUACGUAAGCGCAAGGAGAGGGAGCUCAAGAAAUGUGGCAGUAUUGUGACAGGAGCUGAGCAGGAGACGAAAGGUGGAAUACCUACUGUAUUUGUGACCGUAUUAUCAAGUUUGUAUGUUCUGUUAUGGUUGACCGGUUCUGUUUGUGUUGUAGAUGUAAGUACGGAUGAACAGGAGGAGGAGGAUCAGUUUGAUGUUGAUCCUCUGAAGCGCUCUGGUAUUCCCUUUGGAGGUCUGAUCCACGAUAUUCGACGCCGUUAUCCACGCUACAUAAGCGACCUGAAGGAUGCCAUGGACACACAAUGUUUUGCUGCUGUCAUUUUCAUUUAUUUUGCUGCUCUUUCGCCCACUAUCACCUUUGGAGGCUUAUUAGGUGAGAAGACACAAGGCAUGAUGGGAGUCUCUGAGCUCAUCAUCUCCACGGCGACAGUGGGAGUGCUGUUCUCCCUGCUAGCAGGACAGCCUUUGCUCAUAAUUGGCUUCUCUGGACCACUUUUGGUCUUUGAGGAGGCUUUUUAUAAGUUCUGCCAGGCGCAGGGCUUCGAAUAUCUCACAGGCCGAGUGUGGAUCGGGUUCUGGCUCAUCUUCAUUGUCCUAGUGAUCGUGGCAGCUGAAGGAAGCUUCCUCGUGCGAUACAUCUCUCCAUUCACCCAGGAGAUCUUUGCAUUUCUCAUCUCUCUCAUCUUCAUCUACGAAACCUUCUCUAAGCUAAUUAAGGUGUUUCAAGAGCACCCUCUGAUGAAGAGCUACCCUGUACUGCCUGCCUUCAAACCCAUUGACCCUCAAGGGCAUAGUGUGAUUGGGGAACCCAUCCUCAACCAGCCCAACACAGCCCUGCUGUCCUUAGUGCUCAUGAUUGGAACCUUCUUUGUGGCCUUCUUUCUGCGAAAAUUUCGUAACAGCAGAUUCCUUGGUGGAAAGGCCAGACGAAUCAUUGGUGAUUUCGGGAUUCCUAUCUCUAUACUCAUCUCCGUGCUGGUGGACUGCACCAUCCCUGAGACAUACACACAGAAGCUGAACGUCCCCUCUGGUUUCUCUGUCACAUCUCCGGACAAACGGAGCUGGUUUAUCAGCCCCUUUGGAGAUAAACAGCCUUUCCCUGUUUGGAUGAUGGGGGCCUCCGUGAUCCCGGCCCUGCUGGUUUUUAUCCUCAUAUUCAUGGAGACUCAAAUCACCACCUUGAUAGUGAGCAAGAAGGAGCGGCGUUUGAUCAAGGGUUCUGGCUUUCAUCUGGACCUGCUUCUGAUAGUGACUUUAGGAGCUAUCUGCCCGCUCUUUGGUCUGCCCUGGCUGACUGCCGCCACUGUGCGCUCGGUGACUCACGUGAAUGCACUAACCGUCAUGAGCAAAGCCACUGCCCCCGGAGAGAAACCCAUGAUCCAAGAAGUUAAAGAGCAGAGGGUGACAGGGAUGUGUGUGGCUAUCCUAGUGGGGUUGUCUAUAGUGAUGACAGAUGUGCUGCGUCAUAUUCCUCUGGCUGUGCUGUUUGGGAUAUUUCUGUACAUGGGCAUCACGUCUCUUACUGGUAUCCAGCUUUAUGAGCGAAUCACACUCAUGGUCACACCUGCUAAACAUCACCCUGACCACAUCUAUGUUACCAAGGUGAAGACAUGGCGUAUGAACAUGUUCACCAUCAUUCAGUUGUUGUGUAUCGCCCUGCUGUGGGUGGUGAAGUCGACCGUAGCCUCUCUGGCCUUUCCCUUCAUCCUAAUCAUGACCGUACCUCUGCGUAGACUCAUCCUGACCAGGAUCUUUGAGGAGAGAGAGCUUGCAGCGUUGGAUGCUGAUGAGGAUUCGCCCAAUUUUGAUGAAGAUGGACGGGAUGAGUACAACGAGAUCCACAUGCUUGUGUAGUCACGUGGCUCACCUCUUCUUCACUGACCAAUCGAAUGCAGGUCUCUGGAUAAUGGGAAAGAUGUACGGAAUGGGAAGAACUCUGAUGCACUGCCCUCUUUCAGAACUAUUUCACGUGUACUUUGAAAUUUUCUAAAUCUCCGUUCUAAAAAGAAUCACAGAUCAUGUUUUGGAUACUAUUAUUUUUCCUUUUUCUCCAAAAUGUGGCCUACGUGUUUGUCUGCUGCUGCCCAGUGACCUUUGAAUAUAACAUUAGAUACAACCUGUGCACCUUAGACCUCCCAAAGUGCAAUGAUGGUGAGACUAAUCCAAUAGGUUGGUUCUUGCACCCCCUAUUCACCCCAUCCCAAUGUACUGCACCCAUGUGGACCAGACCUACUGCCUGUAGAUCUUAGUUGCCUUGUACUGUACUGUAGGCAUUGACCACAGGGUCUAAAUAUUACAGUAGCACGACCUCUCAGUGCCCUUAGAGCGGUCAGUCCCUCUGCUGUGCUUGAAAACAGUAGUGCAGUCCCUUUAGAUGUACUUUAUGCAGUAGUGAUAUUACUUUGAUCGAUGUGUGCAGUAGUUACAAUACAUUUAAAGGUGCUAUAAGUAAUUUUUUUUAGUGGAAUAGCAUGCAGAAAAUGUCCCUGCUUCCUGACAGAUAUCACUCUCGAACUGUCAGUGAUUUUGAAUUCUUUGACUUGUGGGGGUUUGCGAAACGGCUAACAUUGCUUAUAGCAUCUUUAAUAGGGAAAAAAAACAACAACAUUAUUUAGCUCAUGAUUUCCCUUCAAAACAGAUUCACUGCUAAAAGUGUAUUUUAUUUUAUUUAUUUUUAGUUUCUUUCUUUUAUUUCCAUCAGAAGCUGUUGUUUAGCUCUCAGUACAUGGUUUCAUUCCAAACAAAUUUGCAUACAAAGUGUAUUUUAUUUCAAUUAUUUCUUUUUUUUAAUCAAUGAAUUUAUUUUUAUUAAUUAUCAUCUCAUUUUGUUUUGGUUUAUUUGUCUUGAAGAUUCCCAAAAUGAUUGAUUCAUUUUUUUUUUCUUUGAGCAGCUCAGCUUUUCUUGCUAUAUAUAAAUUUAGCAUUUAGAACUUAUAUAGGAUUUAAUGCCCGAAUAUGUUGCUGUUAUAAAUAUUAGUGCGUUUUCAAUAUUACCCAUUUCAAAGAACUAAUUCCAUUCCUUAUGCUGUUAUACUGCAGUGUAUUCGGGAACAGUUCAACUGAAAUAGGUUAAAGCCAUAGAAACUUGGAUU